AUGAGUGUUGACGCGUAUGGGCCUAGUUCUCAAACGCUCACGUUUCUGGAUACGGAGGAAACUGAUCUUAUUGGUGCCGACACUCAGGGUUCCGAGUUUGAAUUUACGGAUUUCACUCUACCAUCACAAAGUCAGACGCAAGCAUCGCAGCAUGAUCACGGUCUGCCUUCUGCCAAUCAGGUUAAUGGUUUAGGAAGACCGGACAUUGGCUCCAAAUUGACCAGUGUAACCAAUGCUAUUGCUGAAUUACAAUUUGAGGAAGAUGAUGAAGCUCUGUAUAGCAGCAAGGAGCUACCUGAUCAUGCUUGCAAGUACUGUGGCAUUCAUGAUCCUGCCACAGUGGUUAUGUGUAAUAUUUGCAACAAAUGGUUCUGCAACGGCCGCGGCAAUACAUCAGGGUCUCAUAUAAUUAAUCACCUAGUGCGAGCCAAGCAUAAGGAGGCAGCAUUGCACCGUGAUGGGCCACUUGGAGAAACUCUUCUCGAGUGCUAUUCCUGUGGUGCUCGCAAUGUGUUUGUUCUUGGUUUCAUACCAGCCAAGGCUGAUUCAGUUGUGGUCCUUCUCUGCCGUCAGCCGUGUGCAGCGCAAAGCUCAUUGAAAGAUAUGAACUGGGAUCAGGAGCAAUGGAAACCAUUGAUUUCGGACCGUGCAUUCCUGUCUUGGCUUGUUAAGGUACCAUCAGAAGCAGAACAGAUGAGAGCUCGUCAGGUCACACCUCAACAAAUAGGGCGUUUAGAAGAACUAUGGCGUGAUAAUGUGGAUGCUACGUUUCAAGAUCUCGAAAAACCUGGGGUAGAUGAAGAGCCACAUCAAGUUCUUCUGAGAUAUGAGGAUGGGUACCAAUAUCAAAACAUAUUUGGUCCACUGGUCAAGCUAGAGGCUGAUUAUGAUAAAAGGCUAAAAGAAUCGCAAACUCAAGAAGGCAUUGAAGUCCGCUGGGAUGUUGGCUUGAAUAAGAAGACAAUAGCUUACUUCACUCUAGCUAAAACUGACAGUGAUAUGAAGCUCAUGCAUGGAGAUGAAUUAAGAUUGAGAUACGUUGGUGAGUUGCACAAAGCAUGGUCUGGUGUAGGACAUGUAAUCAAAGUGCCGGAUAACUAUGGAGAUGAUGUGGGUCUUGAACUGAAAAGUGGCGCCGGCGCACCACUCGACUGUACUUCCAAUUUUGUCGUCGAUUUCAUAUGGAAGAGCACAUCUUUUGACCGUAUGCAAUUGGCGCUGCGAAAAUUCGCUGUUGACGACUCAUCUGUGUCUGGUUACAUCUACCGGCGUCUAUUGGGACAUGAAGUGGAGGAGGUGCUGUUCCGCGUGCACUUACCGAAGCACUUCAGCGCACCAAAUUUGCCCGACCUCAAUAGGUCACAGGUGUACGCUGUAAAGCAUGCGUUACAACGUCCGUUGUCAUUGAUUCAAGGCCCACCUGGAACUGGUAAAACGGUAACGUCAGCAACUAUUGUUUACCAACUCGUGAGACAAAACGGUGGCCCGGUGCUCGUGUGCGCGCCUUCUAAUACCGCUGUUGACCAACUAACUGAGAAAAUUCAUCGCACUGGACUAAAAGUUGUGAGACUCUGCGCCAAGUCUCGUGAAGCAAUGGAGUCUUCCGUUUCGUUCCUUGCUCUACACGAACAGGCGAGGGCUUUGGGUUCGGCCGACAGUGAACUCCGCAAACUCACUAGAUUGAAAGAAGAAGCCGGAGAAUUAUCAGCUGCCGAUGAACGCAGAUAUCGAGCCUUACGCAGAGCUGCCGAGAGGCGAUUGUUGGACGCUGCCGAUGUAGUGUGCACGACCUGCGUUGGUGCUGGAGAUCCUAGAGUUGCAAGGAUGCGAUUCCAAUCUAUUCUCAUCGAUGAGGGUAUGCAAUCUACUGAACCCGAAUGUAUGGUACCUGUAGUACUUGGCGCAAGACAACUGAUUCUCGUCGGCGAUCAUUGCCAACUAGGACCCGUGGUGAUGUGCAAGAAGGCCGCCAAAGCAGGGCUGAGUCAGAGUCUCUUUGAGCGAUUAGUUGUCCUAGGCAUUCGCCCGUUCCGCCUUGAGGUACAAUACCGAAUGCACCCGGAGCUUUCGCGUUUUCCAUCAGAUUUCUUCUACGAAGGGUCGUUGCAAAAUGGUGUUAGCGCUGAAGAGAGACGCCUGCACAAAAUCGAUUUUCCCUGGCCGAGACCUGAUAGGCCCAUGUUUUUCUAUGUUACUCAGGGGCAAGAGGAAAUAGCUGGAUCGGGCACGUCUUACUUAAACCGUACUGAAGCUGCAAAUGUGGAGAAGUUGACAACACGUUUCUUAAAAGCAGGUGUCAGACCUGAACAGAUCGGUAUCAUCACUCCAUAUGAAGGUCAGAGGUCUUAUUUGGUACAACACAUGCAGUACCAAGGCAGUCUGCAUGCUAAACUAUAUCAGGAAAUAGAAGUCGCCAGCGUAGAUGCUUUCCAGGGCCGAGAAAAAGACAUAAUUAUUAUGUCUUGCGUUAGGUCUAAUGAACAUCAAGGAAUCGGGUUUUUAAGCGAUCCGCGCCGUUUGAACGUGGCAUUGACGCGCGCUAAGUACGGUUUGAUUGUCGUAGGUAACCCAAAAGUUUUAAGCAAGCAGCCUCUUUGGAAUCAUCUGCUCGCGUUUUACAAGGAACGUCGCGUUCUUACAGAAGGUCCUUUAUCUAAUCUUAAGGAGUCUGCUAUCCAAUUUGCUAAGCCCAAGAAACUUGUCAAUGCCCAGAAUCCAGGGUCUCACUUUAUGUCAACAUCAAUGUUCGAUGCGCGAGAGGCGAUGGUCCCCGGUUCAAUUUACGAUCGAGCGAGACCCCUCAGAGAUCCUUUAGCGUAUGUUGGUCCCGAAAGAGCGGCCAUGUUACACGCACCAGUUCCACCUGCUGCCUUCUCCGCACAUCGUGGACUGCAACGUCCACUCAUGAACAUGAACCAGCGCAAUAGAAAGCGACCACCGCGUUUGUCUCAGGAGCCGUUGUCGCAGCAGGCCCCGCUGUCUCUAUCGCAGGGCGCGUCUCAGCCGGACUUUAGUCAAGAGUCUCUCGCACCGGACUGUCCGUCGCAGCCCGAUGGUUUGCUGUCUCAGGACUCCACGUACCAGGGCGGAUUUCGCGCGCGAAGCCAGUACUGA